AUGCACGCGCUGUCGUCGAUCUUCGUUUUGGGCUCCUGUGCCGUCCAGACGGUGCUGGGUCGCCCCGAUGCUGCCCUUCGCACUAAGCGGGACGGCGCCAUCGUCAAGCGGUCUGUUGACUCGUUCAUCCAGACUGAGACGCCCAUCGCCUGGGAGAAGUUGUUGUGCAAUAUUGGGUCCAGCGGCUGUGCGGCUUCGGGCGCUGCCUCUGGCGCUGUUGUCGCGAGUCCCUCCAAGCAGGAACCAGACUACUGGUACACCUGGACGCGUGACUCUGCUCUCGUCCUGACAGGCAUCGCCGACUCGUUCUCUCAGAACUACUCGGCCUCGCUGCAGGGCACAAUCCAGAACUACAUCACUGCCACGGCAAAGCUCCAGGGCGUCUCGAACCCCUCGGGCAGUCUCUCCGAUGGUACGGGUCUCGGCGAGGCCAAGUUCAACGUCGACCUCACCGCCUUCACGGGCGACUGGGGCCGACCGCAGCGGGACGGGCCGCCGCUCCGAGCGAUUGCCCUCACGCGGUACUCCAAGUGGCUGAUCCAGAAUGGCUACACGGAUACGGCCAAGGCGGUGUGGCCUGUGAUCCAGAACGAUCUCGCGUAUACUGCGCAGUACUGGAACGAGACUGGUUUCGAUCUGUGGGAGGAGAUUAAGGGGAGUUCUUUCUUUGCCGUCGGCAGUGCCCACCGGGCUCUCGUUGAGGGCGCCGAUCUCGCCGCUCAGCUCGGCACGGAGUGCCGCGCCUGUAUCACAGUCGCUCCUCAGGUGCUGUGCUUCUUGCAGACCUUCUGGAACCCCAAUGGGGGCUUCGUCGUGUCCAACAUCAACGGCGGCCAGUCUCGGUCCGGCAAAGACCUUGAUUCCAUCCUGACAUCGAUCCACACCUUUGACCCGUCCGUCGGCUGCGAUGCCAACACCUUCCAGCCCUGCAGCGACAAGGCCCUGUCCAACCACAAGGUGUACGUCGACUCGUUCCGGUCCGUCUACGGCAUCAACUCGGGCAUCGCGGCCGGGAAAGCCGUUGCCGUGGGCCGCUACUCCGAAGACGUCUACUACAACGGUAACCCGUGGUACCUCGCCAACUUCGCCGCGGCCGAGCAGCUAUACGACGCCAUCUUCGUCUGGAAGAAAGACGGCUCCAUCAAAGUGACGGACCUCUCUCUCGCCUUCUUCAAAGACCUCGUCCCCGGCAUCGCCACGGGCACCUACGACAGCGCCUCCACCACCUUCACCUCCAUCAUCAACGCCGUAUCCGCCUACGCCGACGGCUUCAUCGACAUCGCCUCGCAGCACACCCCCUCCAACGGAGCCCUCGCCGAACAAUACAGCCGUGACAACGGCUCCCCCCUAUCUGCAGCUGACCUCACCUGGUCCUACGCCGCCUUCCUCUCCGCCGCCGACCGCCGCGCGGGUAUCGUCCCCGACGGCUGGUCUGCAGAAAACGGCAACACCCUCCCCUCCACCUGCGAACGCACCCAAGUUGCGGGCACUUACGCCCAGGCGGCCGCGCCGUCCUUCCCCCCCAGCCAGACCCCCAACCCAUCGGCUGAUCCGGCGCCUGCGCCGUUUCCGACGACGUGUGCGGCGGAUGACUCGGCGGUGUAUGUGCAGUUUAAUAGUAAGGUGGUUACCAAGCUGGGGCAGAAUGUGAAGGUGGUUGGGAGUGUGGCGGAGUUGGGCAAGUGGGAUGUGAAGAAGGCCGUGCCGCUUUCGGCGUCGGGGUAUACGGGGGAUAGUAACCCGCUGUGGAGUAUUACGGUGCCGAUUGCCAAGGGGUCGAGUGUGCAGUACAAGUAUAUUCGGGUUGAGUCGGAUGGGACGGUUACUUGGGAGAGUGAUCCCAACAGGACGGUUACGGUUAGUGGGGUGAAGACGGAGGGGACGGGGUGUUUGGCGCAGAGUGUUAAUGAUACUUGGCGGUGA